UCUGAAGUAAUCCAGGAAGUCCUGGUUCGUUGUCCAAGGACUCCAGUCCAAGUGAGAUGACACCAGUUUCACCAGCAAAGGUCUGUCUGUGUGGAAGCCCGGGUUGCGCAGGAGCCAUAGGGGACUGGUCAGCAAGCUUCCAGUGACCAGGGGGAGGCAGAGACUCACUGUCGGCGAGGUAGACUCCCGCAGGCUGGUUUACGGCUGAGAGCAGGGUACAACGUGGGGACCCCACCCCCUCUCGCAAUUGCACUGGUGACCUUGUAGGUUGUGGACUGCCUGUUCUCCUCCACCUGUGAGCGAUGCCUCAGCGUGUGAGGCAGUUUAAGGACCAGAAUUUCCGGGUUUUGCGACGGGAGUGUCAGCGGAGGGGGGUUCUGUUUGAGGACCCCCUGUUCCCCGCCUCCGACGAUUCUGUCUACUACUUGAGACCGCCUCCUGGGACAAUUGAAUGGAAGCGUCCAGGGGAACUGUGCACGGACCCUCGGCUCUUCGUGGAUGGGAUCAGCUCCCGGGACCUGAACCAGGGCAGGCUGGGCAACUGCUGGUUCGUGGCAGCCUGCUCCUGCCUCGCCACCGAGCCCUCCCUGUGGAAAAAGGUGAUCCCACAGCACCAGAAUCAGGAAUGGGAUCCGAAGCAUCCCGAGCGAUACGCUGGGAUCUUCCGGUUCCGGUUCUGCCGGCUGGGCCACUGGCAGGAGGUGGUGAUCGAUGACCGGCUGCCCACCCUAGCGGGCAGCCUCCUCUUCUGCUGCUCGGAGCAACCCGGCGAGUUCUGGUGCGCUCUCCUGGAGAAAGCCUACGCCAAGCUGAACGGGUGUUACGAGGCGCUGGACGGCGGGAACACAGGAGAGGCUCUGGUGGAUUUCACCGGCGGGAUCUCGGAGCCGGUGGUGCUGGAUAGGGAUGGGUUCCGCACGCAGCUGGACAAGAGGAAGCAGCUGUACAAGAACCUGCUGAAGGCCCAUUCCCGCGGCGCCCUGAUCAGCUGUUCCAUCCGGCCCGAGUCUGGCGGCGAGCUGGAGGCCAGGACGGGCUGCGGCCUGGUGAAGGGUCACGCCUACGGAGUGACGGGCGUGAGGACCCUGCGUCCCGGCCGGGGAGUCUGGACCUUCCUCACCACCGAGAGGCUGAACCUACUCCGGCUGCGGAACCCCUGGGGCAGCGUCGAGUGGGACGGCCCAUGGAGCGACGGGUCAGAAGAAUGGGAAAGGAUUGGCAAGAGGGAGCGGGAGAGGAUGGGAGUCACCGUCCAGGAUGACGGGGAAUUCUGGAUGAGCUUCGACGACUUCAUGCAGAACUUCACCGACCUGGUGGUGUGCCGCCGCAUCAACACCUCCUUCCUCAGCUUCCACAAGACGUGGGUGGAGGCUCGGGCGUUCAGCCAGUGGUCUGUGUCCGCGGACGCUCUCCGUAACCGCAGCGGGGGAUGCAUCAACAACCGCCACACCUUCCUGCAGAACCCACAGUUCGUCUUCCACCUGUCCCGUGACGACACUGCCCUGCUCUGCCUACAGCAGGAGGACAGGAGACAACACCGUCGUGAGGGCAGAGGUCAGAACCUCUCCAUCGGCUUCGAGAUCUUCAGGGUGGAGGUGAACCGGGAGUACCGCCUGCACGCCCUGCAGCAGAAGGUGAUGGGCUCCACCUACGCUGACAUGCGCAGCGUCUCGCUCCGCGCCGAGCUCAGCCGAGGGCGGUACGUCGUGGUGACCAGCACCUUCGAGCCCAGCCUGGAGGGUCACUUCCUGCUCCAGCUCUUCACCGACAGGCCGGCAAGACUCAGAGAGCUGACCCUGGACCAACCCCAGCCUUCCUUCUGGAGAUGCUGCCUUGGUUACCCGACUCGUGUCACCUCCGUCCACGUCCGCAGUGCUGCUGGCCUGCUGCUCCCCGGAUCUUCCAACCCUCCUGAUGCCUACGUGGUGAUGAGCGGAGAGGGCGCCAGGCUGAGGUCGGCCGUUCACAAGGGAACCUCCAGCCCUGACUUCGACCUCAAGGGGCUGUUCUACAGGAGGAAGCCCAACAAGCCAAUCAGGAUCCAGGUCUGGUCCAAGGGCUGCCUGAGGGACGUGUUCCUGGGACAGACCACCAUCCUGGCCGCGGAGAACGAGAGCUGCUCCAGCCAAGUGCUGCGUCUUCAGAACCACUCCAACGCCCGGCACCAGCCGGGGUCCCUACUGGUCGAGAUCUGCUCCAGCGACGAGCUGACUGCCCUCUGACCAUCCCCCCACCACCCGACAAACAGGUCUCCCCAGAUGAUCCACCUCACUCCCUCAACACCGUUUGGGCAAUCACAACCGGGAUCCACCCGUGCCAAACGGCCUGGGACUUGUCACGGCCUCACACGGCAUAGACACAGAUCGGCAGAAAGACAUCCAAUUGGAGGCAUCAAUGUUCCCAGUGCGGAAAUUGGUAAAUUGACUUAUUGUUGUCACAUGUACCGAGGUACAGUGAAAAACUUUGUUUUGCAUGCCA